CUUCUCUACUUCUGACUUACGCAAGCUUAUUGAGGCAGCACCUUUACUUCCCUCUUUGUCCGCAACGCACUUCACAACACCCGUUUUCUGUUACUGCCAUUGUCACUGCCACGAUUCUCUUAAACCGACUCCUUCCCAUCCGUCGAUUCCCCAAAUCCCUCCUCAACUUUGCCGUGUUCCAUCCAUCAUCGCACGCCGCUGCGCAUCAGUUCCCCGAAUUCCCGAAACCGAGAGGACAACAAUACAACCUUGGACGCCUCUACCACGGAUCGCUUCGGCACACUCGUAUCCAAACCCCUUCUAAUUCGGUUGCCAUCGCGGUUCGUCCCGCCAGACCGCCGCCAUGACGUUGAUGGAUGAGUUCAGAACGAGGAACUUCAGUAUAUAUGGACAAUGGACCGGAGUGAUCGCAAUGAUCCUAUGCUUUGCCCUCGGCAUUGCAAACAUCUUCAACUUCCAUUGGGUUAUCGUUUUUAGCGUCAUAUGCCUUGUAUGUUCCUUCAUCAUCCUCUUUAUCGAGAUCCCCCUCCUCCUUCGGAUCUGCCCGACCUCCGGAAAGUUCGACGAAUUCAUCCGUCGCUUCAACACGUCCUACAUGCGCGCCGCCGUCUACGGCGUCAUGUCGACCAUCCAAUGGUUAUCGAUCAUCGCGAAGACGACGAGCCUGAUCGCCGCGGCGAUCCUACUGCUCGUGGCUGCGGCGUUCUAUGCGUUGGCCGGGUUGAAGAAGCAGGAGUUCAUGAGCUCGAAAACGCUGGGCGGCCAGGGGGUUGCGCAGAUGAUUGUGUGAUCGGGAGGGAGGGGCUGGUUGCUAUGAGUAUGUUAUCCUGGCAUUCGGUUGUGGACACGAUUCAAGAGCAUGGGAUUUGAAUUCGUCGGCCUCGGUGGCUGGUUGCUGGAUAUGGCGUCCGAGGCGCAUAUGAUCACGAUUUGAUGUUUCUCGCUAGGUAUCUCGCUACCGAGGCGUCGAACAGUAGUCAGCCGUAUUGUCUUUUCUGGAUGGUCUGGUUACGCUGUCAUUUUUUUUUGGACGCUAUCAGUUUUAUUUGCAAAAACGUCGAUGUAUCCGUAUCUUUUGCUCGCAAGACGUGUAUCGCUUACUAUCCAGUUCCACAUUAUUCCGUUUGAUGCCAG